AUGUUGUUUUUUAUCGUCCUGGUUUUCUGGGGUCCGUCUUUGUUAACGGCUGACCAGAACUGGCCUUUGUACAGUUUGCCGCGGAAAACCGUCCCACUUAGCAGUAUUGGAGGGAGUGUGUUUCAGGAGGAUGGUGUGUGGAAUUACACCAUCAUGCUGCUCAAAGAAGACAUGGGUGUUCUUAUCCUUGGAGCUCAGCAAACCAUCUUUGCCUUGGAUCUUACCAACAUAACACAAAAGAAGGCUAUGGUUAAGUGGCAGGUGCCCCAAGACAUGCAAAGAAAAUGUUCAGAGAAGGGAAAGAAUCUGAAGCUUGAGUGUCAGAAUUACAUACGGAUCCUUCAUGAAAUGCCAGAUGGAAGAAUGUUUGUGUGUGGGACCUAUGCUUUUAGCCCCACAUGUGACUAUAUGUUAUAUAAAGACGGCAAAUUGACUCUAGAAAAUAAAACAGAGGAUGGAAAAGGAAAGUGUCCGUUUGAUCCAGUCCAGAGAUACACCUCUGAACUUGUUGAAAAAGAUUUGUACUCCGCGACAGCUAUGAAUUUUAUGGGAUCAGACAUGGUCUUGAUGCGUAGCUCCACAGAAAUGAUACGGACUGAAUUCAAGCCCUCCUGGCUUAAAGAGCCAACUUUUGUUGGUAUGAAGCAUGUACCCGAGGGAGAGGGAAACUCGGAGGGAGACGAUGACAAGAUUUACUUAUUCUUUACUGAAACAGCUGUGGAGUUUGAUUCCUACACCAAAGUGGAAGUGUCCAGGGUGGCACAUGUCUGUAAGGGGGAUGUGGGUGGACUGCGGACACUGCAGAAGAAAUGGACAUCUUUCGUAAAGGCUCGACUGGAGUGUCCCGUCCCUCAAAGCAGACUUCCUUUCCUCAUACAGGAUGUGUUUCUCUUCUGCCCUGGAAACUGGACCAGCUGUGUCUUUUAUGGUGUGUUCACUCCACAGGGGGACAGUUCUCAGUAUUCUGCAGUGUGUGCCUACACGAUACAGGAGAUCAGGAAGGUGUUCUCUAAAGGCAAAUUCAAAGCACCAGUUACUGUGGGAACAGCUGAAAAAUGGGUGACUUACACCGACAGCCUUCCCUUUCCUCGUCCAGGAGCUUGCAUAAAUAAUGAAGCAAGACAGCGUGGGUUUAAAAAGUCCUCAGACCUUCCUGAUAAAACCCUUCAGUUUAUCAAAGACAAGCCACUGAUGGACCAGGCAGUGCGGCCUAUGUCUUAUCGCCCCCUGCUGGUGAAGAAAGGAGCUGCGUUUACUCGCAUAGUGGUGGCCAACACGACUGCACUGAACAGGAAGAGCCAUCAGGUCAUGUUUAUUGGUACAGAAAGCGGUUCAGUGUUAAAAGCAGUUAACUAUGAUGGAGAGACGAUUAUAACAGAUGAGGUACAGCUGUUCAAGCUCUCGGAACCAGUAAAGACACUUCGCUUGUCCACCACGGGUCAGCUGUACAUAGGUUCAGAAGUGGCUGCAGUGCAAAUGCCACUGAGUUUCUGUGGUCAGUACCGCUCCUGCGUGGACUGUGUGCUGGCCAGAGAUCCGUACUGCGGUUGGGACCUGACUGCUAACAAAUGCACUGACAUAAGCAACAUAAGCUCAGAUACACACAGUGAAGUGAUUCAGAAUCUGAGUGGUGAUGCUACACGGUGCCCUGCAGCUGAAAGCCCUAAGCCCACGAACAUCUCCUUCCACCUGGGCAGCACAAUCAGGCUGAUGUGCCAGCCAGACCUGGUCCAGGUUCAGUGGCAUGUAGAUGAGCGCCUAAUCGAAAACUCAGAGACGUACCACAUUCAACCCAACAGCCUGCUCAUCCUUAACGCUUCAGCUGACGCAGCCGGCCACUACACCUGUAGCUCUGUAGAGUCCUUUCGUGGAAGACGUUAUGUUAUCCAGCAUGCCAUGUACGACCUUACAGUGGAUGCUGGAGAGACUUUGCUGCUGUCACAAGAGCAGAGUCAACAGCAAACAUUUUUAGCCCUCCAGGUCAUGGUGGUCCUCUUGGCACUGAUGUUAUUUGGGUUAGUGAUGUGGAACUGCUACAAAGGGCAUUGUAACCUACUGGGAUUCAGCAAAAGAGCGCAGAACACAGAAGAAGGGCAGGAAACUUUAAAAACUGAAUACGCUUCUGUUUCAGUGCCGGAAAAAGCAUGA